AUGAGAAAUUCAACAUUAAAUAAACUAUCGGAGUAGAGAUAAUAAGGAAAGAAUUCUUCAAAUCUGUCAGAUUUGACAGUCUAAGAAUCUAGCAAUUAUCGUAUGAGAUUUACUCCUUUGAGCUCACCAUCUGCAAGACAUAAAGGAACAAUCUUAGUGAAAAGUCAUGAAACAAUUGUACUAAAUAUGUUGUCAUCCACCCAUAGACAAAUAGAUUAACCUUUUAAAGUUUGUUAAGAAUGUAAUUCUGAUUAUGGGAUUGUACAUCAAUAUUGCAAAUGUAAAGGAAUCACAUAUCAUGAAAAGUGCAUUUAGGAUACGGCUAGAAGAAAUGCAAAAAAAUAAAAAGAAUAAGCAUUUAUUUGUAAAAAUGAAUGCUCUUAUCCAUUCCAAAUAGAAGGAUACUAUAUGUAUGAAAUGGUGUAGAAUUAGGAGAAACAUUAAUCCUAUUGGAAAGUGGCUCAUUUUUUCGAUAGUGAUUGUCUUUCUUGUGUUACUUAUCUUGGCUAUUACUAUUUUCGUACUUCGAGAUAAAUUGAAUAAUAUACAUGUAAUCUCAAUCGUGAUUGCAAAAAUUGUGCUGUUAAUUUUGAUUACUUUUUUGCUAAAUAAGCUCAAGCUCAAUUAUUAUAAAUUAUACUGGCAUCUCAAACCUUCCUUGAUUAAUCGAAAACAAGGUACUCGUCAUAAAUAAAUUGAACUAUCAGAUCUCUUGCCUUUUAUUCUGUCUGAUAGAGAUUCAAUUAUUUAUUCACCUGAAAUUAAAGAAGAAGAUUAAAUUAUUGAAUAAUGA